UAACUCCAUCUGCACAAAGAGCAGCAGCAGGAUAAAGGAAAGGCUGUCGGAAAAGAAAGUGAGAGCAAGAACCAGUUGGCAGACUCCCGGCACCCGAAGGCAACGGGUUUCAACAGGUAGUGUAGUUUUCUAACAAAGUCAUGCUUAAUACACAUCCCUCAGUGGCAUGGAGAUUUAAUAUGUACAGAGGAAGGAGAAUCGACCUGUGAUGACCCAUGACCAGCGCACUGUUACAGUCAGACAUGACUAACUGUCUCCUCAGCGCCAUCAGCUGUCUCUGCCUUCUUCUUACUUGUGUCCGAGCUGAGGAAUGCAGCCCAACUGUUCUGGCAGCACGUGACACGUUUGCUGUGCCGGCAGGGGGCCGUCUGUCUCUGUCCUGUGUGGUCCAGCACUGUGGAAAGCACUGGACUGGACACUGGGUGUUUGAAAACUCAACACAUGAUGGGUCGAUUGUUGUUAAAGAAAGUGCAAGGCACCGUUUGACCCACGUGAAUCUCUCAGGCAAUAAAACUCAACAGAUUCUGGAACUGCUGAGCAUCAACCAAUCAGACAAAGGUUUCUAUGGAUGCAGCGUUAAAUGGAGUCAGAGAGAAACUGAGCAGGGACAUUUGACAUAUGUGAACGUCACUGCAGCUGUCCCAUCUCAGAGGAGUCUUUUGCACAGGCUUUUGGUCUGUGCCAGUGCUUCUCUUUGUCUCCCCAUUAUUCUUGGAUUGGCUCGUUGUCUGAGUCCUGAGGUCAAGCCUCAGCCACUUCCCAGGACGCCGUCCACACACGCAGCUGUGUACCACCCGGCUCCACAGCCUCCACCUCGGUGCCCGGUACCCCAGAAACGUAGCGCUCCCCCUCGCAAAGCUCGCCCCAAGUACCAGCAGAAGACCGAGGUGGUGUAUGCAGACAUCUCCCAGGGUGCACUGAGACAAGAGGGAGCCAUCAGAGAGGCGGCCCAGUCCACUGUGUACUCUGACCUCAGAUUUUCUUGAGAUGCUCAUGGAAAGUUGUCGGCUGAGGAUCAGUUCUGUACAGCUAAACAUUUCACAACUGUGAGCUGGAGGUUUUUACCUGUGGAAAGCCAUUAAAGCAGAGGACAGAAUAAUACUUGUAAGGAUCCAGGAGAAAUGUUUGUCUUUCCGUGACAGGGACUCUCCCAAUUACACUCCAAAGUGCACAAAAUGAGUGUUUUGAUUAUGAGGAGCAGUGCCAAAAAUCCUUCACAUGCAAGUGUGGAGCCAAACAGACAGCAAGUGGAGCAGAUAAUGAUGAGAUACUGCCGUAUGCAUCUGUCAUCUGAACCACCCCGAGGGGCUGCAGAGAGGAAAGACUCAGCAUUGUACCAUAUUUUCAGUGAUCCUAAUGCUUUUGGCUUUGCAAAAUUGCAGUGUGACCAAUUCAGAGGCAGUGAAAUUUUCAAAAUGUGAAACUGUUUGUCUAUGAUUUCCAUCUGAUGUGUUUGUGUACAUAAAAUAAUAAAGUACGAACACAUCCCGUGA